GCACGGGGACCUGCGGGGCAGAUCGGUCGUGCCUGCGCCGUCAGCACGCAGCCGGAGGGCCAGGCAGGCUGCCAUCAGCCCCUGACAAAAUACGGGUCUCCAACUCGCGGCUGGCUCAGCUUUCGUGUGGGAAGCGACGACCCGAGCCCGGCCGAGGAGAAGGGGCUGCUCUGCCAGAACCCCGCCUGCAUGGACAAGGGGCGGGCGGCCAAGGUAUGCCACCACGCCAACUGCCAGCAGCUGCACCUCGGGGGCCCCCUGAACCUCUGUGAGGCCUGUGACAGCAAGUUCCACAGCACCAUGCAUUACGACGGGCAUGUCCGCUUCGACCUGCCCCCACAGGGCUCUGUCCUGGCCCGGAAUGUGUCCACCCGGUCAUGCCCACCGCGCACCAGCCCUGCCAUGGACUUGGAGGAGGAGGAGGAAGGCUCUGUGGAUGGCAAAGGGGAUCGCAAGAGCACAGGCCUGAAGCUGUCCAAGAAGAAAGCAAGGAGGAGACACACGGAUGACCCCAGCAAGGAGUGCUUCACCCUCAAGUUUGACCUCAGCGUGGACGUGGAGACGGAGAUCGUCCCGGCCAUGAAGAAGAAGACGCUGGGGGAGGUCCUGCUCCCUGUAUUCGAAAGGAAGGGCAUCGCACUAGGCAAGGUGGACAUCUACCUGGACCAGUCCAACACACCGCUGUCCCUCACCUUCGAGGCCUACAGGUUUGGAGGACAUUACCUGCGGGUCAAAGCCAAGCCAGGGGAUGAGGGGAAGGUGGAACAGGGCAUGAAGGACCCCAAGUCCCUGAGUCUGCCCACCCUGCGGCCAGCCGGGGCUGGGCCUCCUGCACGGGACCGUGUGGACCCCCAGAGCCGCCGGGAGAGCGUGGACAUCUUGGCCCCCGGCCGCCGCCGGAAGAACAUGUCGGAAUUCCUGGGGGAGGCGAGCAUCCCCGGGCAGGAGCCCCCCACACCCUGCAGCUGCUCUCUGCCCAGCACCAGCAGUGGGGGCAGCGACAGCUGGAAGAACCGGGCGGCCAGUCGCUUCAGCGGCUUCUUCAGCUCGGGCCCCAGCAGCAGCGCCUUCGGUCGGGAGGUGGACAAGAUGGAGCAGCUGGAGGGUAAGCUGCACGCCUACAGCCUCUUCGGGCUGCCCAGGCUGCCCCGGAGACUGCGCUUCGACCACGACUCCUGGGAGGAAGAGGAGGAAGACGACGAGGACGAGCAGGACGGCAACGCCUGCCUGCGGCUGGAACACAGCUGGCGGGAACUCAUCGAUGGGCACGAGAAGCUGACCCGGAGGCAGUGCCACCAGCAGGAGGCAGUGUGGGAGCUGCUGCACACGGAGGCCUCCUACAUCCGGAAGCUGCGGGUGAUCACCAACCCGCGCGUCCUGCCCCCACAGCUGUUCCUGUGCUGCCUCCUGAACCUGCAAGAGUCCGGGCUGCUGUGUGAGGUGGAGGCCGAGCGCCUGUUCAGUAACAUCCCCGAGAUCGCGCGGCUGCACGGCGGGCUGUGGGGCAGCGUGAUGGCGCCGGUGCUGGAGAAAGCGCGGCGCACGCGGGCGCCGCUGCAGCCCGGGGACUUCAUGAAAGGCUUCAAGUCGUUCGGCUCCCUGUUUAAGCCCUACAUCCGCUACUGCGUGGAGGAGGAGAGCUGCAUGGAGUACAUGCGCGGCCUGCUGCGGGACAACGAGCUCUUCCGGGCCUACGUCACGUGGGCCGAGAAGCACGAGCAGUGCCAGCGGCUGAAGCUGAGCGACAUGCUGGCCAAGCCGCACCAGCGGCUCACCAAGUACCCGCUGCUGCUCAAGUCGGUGCUGCGCAAGACGGACGAGCCGCGAGCGAAGGAGGCGCUGGCCACCAUGAUCGGCUCCGUGGAGCGCUUCAUCCACCACGUGAACACUUGCAUGCGGCAGCGCCAGGAGCGGCAGCGCCUGGCGGCCGUGGUGAGCCGCAUCGACGCCUACGAGGUGGUGGAAGGCAGCAACGAGGAGGUGGACAAGCUCCUGAAGGAAUUCCUGCACCUGGACCUGACCACGCCCAUGGUGGGCACCUGCCCCGAGGAGACCCGGCAGCUGUUGCUGGAGGGCAGUCUGAGGAUGAAGGAGGGCAAGGACAGCAAGAUGGACGUCUACUGCUUCCUCUUCACGGAUCUGCUCCUGGUGACCAAGGCGGUGAAGAAGGCUGAGAGGACCAAGGUCAUCCGGCCACCGCUGCUGGUGGACAAGCUCGUGUGCCGGGAGCUGCGGGACCCUGGCGCCUUCCUUCUCAUCUACCUGAACGAGUUCCACAGCGCUGUGGCGGCCUACACGUUCCAAGCCAGUGGCCAGGCCCUGUGCCGGGGCUGGGUGGAUGCCAUCUGCAAUGCCCAGAACCAGCUGCAGCAGCUGCGUGCACAGGAGCACCCAGGCAGCCAGCAGCAUCUGCAGAGCCUGGAGGAGGAGGAGGAGCAGGAGGAGGAGGAGGAGGAGGAGGGGGAGGAGGAGAGCGGCGCUUCGGCUGCCAGCUCCCCCACCAUCUUGCGCAGAAGCAGCAACAGCCUCAACUCGCAGCACUGUGUCUCGGAUGGCUCCACGGAGACCCUGGCCAUAGUCGUGGUGGAGCCUGGGGAGACGCUGUCCUCCCCCGAGUCGGACGGCGGCCCCUUCAGCGCCCGGUCGGAUGAGACCUCUCUCAGCACCACUGCCUCGUCCAUCACACCCACCAGCGAGCUGCUGCCCCUGGGCCCCAUGGACGGCCGCUCCUGCUCCAUGGACUCUGCCUACGGCACCCUCUCCCCAGCCUCCCUGCGGGAUUUUGUGACCCCAGCCCCUGUGGCAGAGCCAGUGCCCCCGCCCCCAGAGUUACCACAAGCCCCUUCCCCCUUGCCCUCACCCCGCCUCCGCCGCCGCACCCCUGUCCAGCUGCUGCCCCGUCUGCCCCACCUCAUCAAGUCCAGGUCCGAGGCCAGUCUGCUCCAGCUGCUGUCAGGGGCUGCCGCCCGUGGGGCGCCCCCAGGCCCCAGCCGCAGCCUGUCGGAGCUCUGCCUAGCUGCCGCAGCACCUCGCACCAGGACUCGGGGCUCCCCUCAGGGAGCCGGGCCUGGCUGGGAUUGCCAAGGAGCACCUGGCCCUGGCAGUGGCCCCAAACCGCCGGAGCCCAAGGACAGAGACAGCUGGCUGGCUCGGGAGCCUGCAGGUUCUUCCGGGAAGAGCCACAGAGAACUGCCCUCGGGGGCCUCUCCCAGGGCCCAACCCGAGCUCCCCCCAGGGAUCUCUGCCCAGCACAGGAAGCUGACCUUGGCCCAGCUCUACCGAAUCAGGACCACGCUGCUGCUGAACUCUACGCUCACUGCCUCGGAGGUCUGAGCGGAGGGAUUUCCCCAAGGGUGCCGUUGACCAGGGGCCAGCAGGCAGCCUGCCUCCUGGGGGGUGCUGGCACCUGCUUCAGCUGCUGCCUCGGGUGCACGUGAGCCGGAACGCCGGCGGGACCCCUGCCACCACGCUGGGGCCCGAUUUGCACUUUGCCGGCCAGAUGGAGUGGAGGAGACCCAGACUGCAACACCACUCUGCACACCUGCCCUUGUCCCUGCCUCCGGCUUGGAUUCGGGCUGCCGUUCCCACCUCGACCCUCCUCUGGCCCCCAGUGGGACGCUGCCCCUGCCCUCGGCUGCCUUCCCAGGCUCAGCCCGGGUUCUGUAUAGCUGCCUAUUUAUUGAGCUUUGGUUCUUUUAUAAAGACUUGUAUCUGCUCCGCGGGAGAGUCCUGUGCUUCUGAACCCCACCCCCGUCCUGG